AUGACCACCCACUGGAGCCAGGACCAGCAAAGGUACCUUCCCUGUUGGGAGCGCGCUGUCCAGCUUCCCAUCCUCAAACACGCCGACCUCAUCCUGUACACCUCCGUAAAUCUGAGCAAUGAGGCGCUUGGACGCUUAAAGUUCCGAAAGGCCACGCUGAAGCACUUUCAGAAUCGAGGUUAUCAGGCUGGUGCCAUCCAGGCCAUGCAGGACGCGUUCGGGCCGCAGGGGCGUCGCGAGAAGUGGUUUGAGGGCUACGACUGGGUCAUACGCCUCAAUUUGGAUGUGUUGAUCAUGCACGACACUUGGCUGCGGCAGACAAUGGCAGACACAUCCAUUGAUGGCAUAUUCCAACACUGCGACCCGCUCCCACGACUUCGCCGUGUCCAUACUGACUUCUUUGCCAUCCGGCCUCAAGCUCUUGAUCCGGCCGCCGUCGAAAGCUGCAACCAGUCGUUGGCCGAGGAGCAGUUUAGCUGUUCGAUCCGCAGUAUCCUCAGAUCCAAGCGCUUCCGAUGGGUACAGGAUGCAGAUGCUUCCAACAGCACGUGUCGCAUCAGGGGGGCCAGCUCGUCGGUGGUUCACUCGCAUCAGUUGUGGCGGUUUUGCCCCAACUACUUCGCUGCACCCCCUGGGGUGAAGCGGUUCAGGUGGUCGAACUACACGCUGGCAAGCCAACAGAAAAUCGUUUCACUUGUUGGUCUUUAG